AUGGAACCCGAGAACGUUGAUUCUGAGGACAAAGAGACAUUAAGCUGGGAUAUUAAUGAUAUGAAGCUGCCACAGAAUGUGAAAAAGACAGACUGGUUCCAGGAAUGGCCGGAUGCCUACGAGAAGCACAUCUACAGCUCGGAGGACAGGAACGCGCAGAGGCACAUGAGCAGCUGGGCCAUGCGCAACACCAACAACCACAACUCCCGCAUCCUCAAGAAGUCGUGCCUGGGCGUGGUGGUCUGCAGCCGCGACUGCGCUGCCGCCCAGGGCCGCAAGGUCUACCUGAGGCCCGCCAUCUGCGACAAGGCACGGCAGAAGCAGCAGAGGAAACGCUGUCCCAACUGCGAUGGGCCCCUGAAGCUCAUUCCCUGCCGAGGCCACGGGGGCUUCCCCGUCACUAACUUCUGGAGGCACGACGGACGCUUCAUAUUUUUCCAGUCCAAGGGAGAGCAUGACCAUCCAAAGCCAGAAACCAAAUUGGAAGCCGAGGCCAGAAGAGCAAUGAAGAAAACGCACUUGGCGUCUUCCUCUGUCUCCUCGAAGCUGAAACAGGGCCCAGAGAUAAAGCCUCUUCCAGGUGAAACACAAAGUUGGGAAAGUUUAACUUGGUCUUUCCAGGAAGGCGUCCAAUUGCCUAGUAGUUACAAUGGACAUUUAAUAGGUAACACUCCCCAGCAGAAGGUACUGGAUGAUGGCUCCUCCUUCUCCGAGGGUUAUGGUUUGCAGGGAACCUCUGACCCCGCAGACCCCACUCCCAGCUUGGGCCCCACUGAGCUCUACGAGAAUAGUCGGGUCUCCCGCAGCCAAGACCUGCUUCAGCCUCUGGCCUCUGGCGUCUUCUCUGAUUACAGUGAUCUGCAAACAUGGAAUAAGAGUGUUGCUUUGGGGAGAAAUCCUCUCAAUGACAACGGUUGUCCCAGUUACCCUUUUCCUCUGACCAGCUGGCCUUACGACUUCUCCCCUUCCCAGGGCUCUUCAGAACCCUUUCUCCAGCAGAUCCCAGUGGAACCACCAGCAGCCAAAACUAGCUGUCACCCCUUAUGGCCAAACCAAGGGGGUGAACUUUAUGAAGAGAAGGUGCACAUGGAUUUCAACAGCUACCACCUUUCCACCACGUGCCGUUCACCUCAGGAAGAUCCCCUUCUCCUCACCUACACCUCUCAGGCCCAUCAUCAGUAUUCUCUGCCUGGCAAGAGCAGCAAAUGGGAUUUUGAUGAAGAAAGGAGGUACAUGGGUUUGGAUCACUGCAACAACGAAAUGCUUCUAAACCUCUGUCCUUUAAGAUGA